GCGGGAGCUGAAGCUGCGCGCGGCGGCGGAAGAUGGCUGCGGCCGAGGCGGGGGACACUCAGCUGUUGCUCGGAGUGGGGCUGAUCGAAAAGGACACAAAUGGAGAAGUACUGUGGGUGUGGUGUUAUCCUUCCACGACAGCCGCACUGAGGAAUCUGCUGCUCAGAAAAUGCUGCCUUACAGAUGAAAACAAACUUCUCCAUCCCUUUGUCUUUGGGCAGUACAGAAGAUCAUGGUUUUAUAUCACAACAGUUGAAGUUCCAGAUUCUUCAGUUUUGAAAAAGGUGACUCAUUUUUCUAUUGUUCUGACCGCCAAAGAUUUUAACCCAGAGAAAUAUGCCGCCUUCACUAGGAUAUUGUGUAGAGUGUACUUGAAGCAUGGGAGCCCAGUUAAAAUGAUGGAGAGUUAUAUUGCAGUUCUUACAAAGGGGAUAUGUCAGAGUGAAGAAAAUGGCUCUUUCCUUAGCAAGGACUUUGAUGCUCGAAAGGCAUACCUUGCAGGCUCCAUCAAAGACAUUGUAUCUCAAUUUGGAAUGGAAACUGUUAUAUUACACAUGGCACUGAUGCUAAAAAAACGAGUUGUCGUCUAUCACCCCAAAAUAGAAGCUGUCCAAGAGUUUACCAGGACCCUGCCUGCCCUAGUGUGGCAUCGUCAGGACUGGACCAUCCUGCAUUCUUACGUCCAUCUCCAUGCUGAUGAGCUGGAAGCCCUGCAGAUGUGCACAGGCUACGUCGCUGGGUUUGUAGACCUGGAGGUGAGCAAUAGACCGGAUCUUUAUGAUGUGUUUGUGAAUCUGGCAGACAGCGAGAUCACCAUUGCUCCUCUUGCAAAAGAGUCCAUGACGAUGGGUAAACUGCACAAAGAAAUCGGUCAGCUAAUUGUCCAGUCGGCCGAAGACCCCGAUAAGUCGGACAGCCAGGUUAUACAGGAUAUUGCCCUUAAAACAAAAGAAAUCUUCACCAACCUAGCACCAUUUUCAGAAGUUCUGGAUGAUGGAAGAAAGCGAGUCCUCAAUCUGCAGGCAUUAAAGCAAAAACGACUUCCACCAGCCACGGAAAACUUCCUUUACCAUCUAGCCGCAGCCGAACAAAUGCUGAAAAUCUGACUGAGACAGAAGGUCUCACUGAUGACUGUUUUAAAGCUCUCUUUUCAUUUUGAGUAUCCAUAACUAUGUAAAAUACUGGAAAUAACAGAGGAAAUGUUAUAUUUUUUAAUGAUUUAUUUGAAAGUAUUGAGACAUGACCUGAAAAACACUGAAACACAUGAAAACACUUGUGAUUUUCUCCCAGAUGAUUAGUGACCUGCCUGCUGUCAGAGCUGGACCAAGCGCUGUAAGUGCCACGUCUGGUGUUACGAACCAGCUGGUGUCUGGAGCAAGGGGAAAAGCUCUGUCAAGUCCCAUGCAAACCACAGCACAUGCGAAAGUCUUCAUUACAACUUCCUAUUUGUCUCAUUGCGUAGCCAUAAACUAACGGUUCAUUUUCAGAAAGCUGCCUGAAAUAUCGCUUUGUAUUCUUCUAGGAAGAACUUCAGUUCCUCGUGAGGAACUGUACCUUCUGAGCCAAACUGCUAAGUUUUCUGCAGAACUAUCCAGAAGAUCAUUCAAGAGACCCUGCAGUUGCACUUUCUUGUAAAAGAAAAAAAAUGUUUUUCUUAGCCUUUGAACAUUUUGCCUAUAUUAUGAGAGUUUUGCAUAGACUUUAUACUUGAGUAGACAACUUUAAUAAUCCAUAUUUAUACUGCUACAGAAGUAAGCAUUUGGCAGACUGAAGCCAUCAGUACUCUUCACUUAGCCCUGUUGCUAGCAUUAUUCUUUGGGAAAGAUCCCUUACUUGUAAGAUAGAGUACGAAGCCCUUUGAACAGUAGUGUCCAUAGCACUGAAGUAGCGACUUCUAUAAUUGGUGAGGGGGAAUCAACUUCUUGCAGGGGCCAAAACCAGGAAUGUCUUCAUACAACUCCAGUAAGAAUGAUUUGGCCACAUAUCAAGGCGGCUCUUUUGUUCAGUUGUGUACUUUUUUCAUAAUUGAAGACCCUAAAAUUGCCAAAAAAGCAUGGAUGCCUAAAUUGUAUACUCGCUUUUAUUAUGAAUAUUCAUACUAAUUAUGAAAGGUUACUUCACUCGGUACUGUUGACCUUUGCAAAUUUACCUGGGAAUAUGCUUGCAAUUUUUUUCUUGAUGUUAGAUGUUUAAGUAAAAAUAAAAAGUAGCUUUUCCCCUUCCUUCCUUAGGUUGGGGUGGGAAGGACCUGAAAUAGGAUAUUUACUGAGGCCAGGAAUUGAAAAUUAAAUAUGCACUUUAUAAAAACAAAAACUA